CCGCCGGAAUAUUUAGUUCACUUUCGUUUCACUACUUGACUGAGAAACAAGCUCCAGAGCACAACCUAAUUCAGAAAUGUCGGAGAAUUCGAGCGCAGAAGCAGAGACAACUGGAAACGACGAAGUCUUGACGACAGGGGAUCCCGAGCAGACAAGUGGAUCGGAGGAGGGUUCGCAGUCCUCAGAUUACGACGAAGAAUUCCAGCACCUCGAGGAGCAAAUAAAGGACUUGGAGAGGUGGAUUGCCCAGAAGAGGGAAGAGAGAAGGAAUUUAUUCAUUCGCCUCAUGAAUUUAUUCCUCGUUGUACUAGAGGCAAGGCUAUAUAGGCAGAACAUGUAGUAUAUGCGAUUUCUGUUAAGCUAUUCCCAACAUACCAAUGUAUUGUCAAAUGGUCUAAGUGUUGACGCACAAAUAUAUUAUGACCAUCCCUGAAAUGGAGCGUUAAUUAGAA